CUAAUAAUGGGUAGAAACUCAGCCUCAGUCGUCAUUCCUAAAUAAUAAACUGUGUACUUAGUUUGACAAAACUUGAUGUGAACUAAUUGACGUGCUGAAUGAAGCCUCAAAAGCAUUUAUAAAUAAAGAAUACCAAACAGCUUAUAAUAAAUAUAAAGUGGCAUUACAAUUAUUUGGAAACUUAAAUCUAAAUGUAAAAGAUAGUAUUCAAAAUACAAUAGAAUACGUAUUAUGUAUAAUUUUAUUACAGUCCGAUACAUUCCACAAUAUAAUAGAAGCAUUAAACAUUCUUAUGAAUUUAGAAGAUACUAUUGGAGAAGUCUAUCCAGCUGUUUAUUAUGCCAUAGCAAAAGCAUAUAUUAAAUUAUAUAGGUUUAAUUUUGCUAUGAAUACAAUUAACAAGGGACUCGCUAUUUUAAAUGAAGAAACAUAUUUUUCAACCCAGUAUAUACCCAUGACGUCUAUUAUUAUAAAUGAAACUACAAGAGAAGGUUUAUUGAUUUCAUUAAUGGAUUUACAAGAAAAAGCUUCGAGUUGGCAUUGUCCAAAUGCAAAAUGUUUCUUAGAGAACUGUCAAAAUAAUAUUCCAUAUUGUUCACCAUGUAGAGAUAUAUUUUUCAGUGACCCAACUUUUUCUGGCUUAAUUACUAUCACAUGUAGCAAUUCAAGUAAUCCUUGUAAAUUAAACUUUCAUCCAAUUUGUUGGAAAUUUCAAAAAAACAAACUACAUAUAGAAAACAAGCUUUCAGAUAUGGAUAUGAUAGGUCGCUCAUGUUUUACAUCAAACUGUGGAACUAAAGAUAAAAAUGUUAUAACAAAAAUUGAAAUAUUAAACGAUAAUGCCAAAGUAGUAUCAGUUAUUGAGAAUUCCUCAUUAUCGAUGCUAUUAGUAUCUGAUUCUCCAGUUAAUGGCGCUAUUAAAAAACAUCGUUUUAUAAAGCCAAUUCCAAAACUUAGAAGACCAAACUUUCUCCCCCUUCGUAACACACAAGAAGAAUGCAUCAAGCCAUUUAAAGAAAUAUCGGAAAAAGAAAUGAAAUUAAUGAAACUAAUACAAUUGCGAGAAAAUAAUUUUGGUAUUCCACGUGAAAAUUUAGAAGCAGACAAAGACAUGUUUAAUAAUGAGGAUAUAAAUAGCACAAAUAUUCUGUCAGAAUGUGAGCCUGAAAAUAUUGAUUCAGAAACAAUACAGCAGUGUCGUUUCUUAUCAGAGAUUAUGUAUGAAUUUAUUAAAGUAAAUUUAAUAGUUCAUAAAAACAAACUAUUAUCAAAGUGGCAUGAAACAAAAGAAAUUAUGGAAUAUAUUACAAAAACAGAUGAAUAUUUAGAUUCAGAUAUAUUGAAUUUCUUGCUUAAAUCCCCAAAACUUAUUAGAAUUGGAGAUUAUAUCUGUGUUCCACAAGCUAUUCAACAAAUGUUUCACUUAUUUGAAAAUGAAAUAACUAAACAAUACAAAUUAAUAUUGGAAAAUGAAACUAAUGAAUAUAAAGAUACCACAUCAACAGAUAAUGAAAAUAUUUUACAUAAAGAGUGUGUUACUAAUGAUGACAGUAAAACUAAUCAGAGUCCUCAAAAGCUGCUUAGUUUAAUAAAUGAUGUCUUUGAAGAUAAUAAUGUUGACGAAGAUAAUAAUAUUUAUCAGAAUGACAAUACUUGCGAGUCAUCUGCAACUUCUUUAGAUAGCUGUUCAACAAAUGAAACAGAAAUAAAUUCAAUAUGUAAAAGUGAGAAUGAAUUUGUUUUAAAGCCCAAUAAUGAAUGUUUUGAUGUAAAUAAUUCCAAAGAAGAUGAUGAUUAUGAACAAUCAAUCUUUUACAAGGAAGAUAAAUCCUUUAAUUAUAAUAAUGAUAUAACUGACAAAGAUAAUUGUACUAAUAUAGUAUAUGAUGAUACAAACACCUCACAAAGUUCUACAAAAAAUCCCUUCUUGGAAGAAAAUAUGACUAAUAAUUCAAUAAAAAAUAUAUUUAUUCAAGAUUUCGAACAAUUAACAAAUGAUGAACUAUUGUCACCACCGGCACUCCAAGAUAAAUAUAAACUACUAGCAUAUAAUUAUUUCGUAACAGUACAGAAUUUUGCUAAACUUUCAAAAGAAAAAACGGACAUGGAAGAUAGUUUUAAGUUAAAACUAAAGGAGAAAGAUUCCAUUAUGAAAACUGUUAUUGAAGAACGUAAAAUAUUAAUUGAUAGACUGAAUUCAUAUGAAUCGCAUAUUUCGGAAAAAGUAUCUGAUAACUAUGAUGAAUUAAAUGCGGAUAUAUUAAAAUUAAAAUCAAACAUAAAUCGAUUGGAACAAGAAAAAAAGGAUGAUGAAUGUAAUUUUAAACUACUGAUAGAAGAGAAAAAUACCAUAGAAAAAAUAUUACGAGAAGAAAAUGCACAAUUACUUAAGAAUGUAAAAGAAUAUGAAGCUGAAAUAAAUAAGAAAAAUGAGGAACUAAAUAUUCUUCAAGAUAAUGAUUUAAGAUGGAAAAAAUCAUUUUUGCAAAAAUCAUUAGAAUCGCAAUACUAUUCCAACAAAAAUAUGUUAAUGAAUGGCAUUGACUAUUGCAAUUUAUCAUUAGACAUCAUAAAUAGAUUAAAUUCUUUGAUUAAAAAAUAUAUUGGAAUGCAUAUCAUUCCAGACUAUAUUGAAUGGUCAUUUACACUAAACCAAUUCUUGAAAUUGUCUUCAGAAUGUGAGGCGGAGUUUUUAAAAUGUAUAUCUGUGCUAAAAUCAAAAACAGAAGGUCAAAAAUUGGAUGAGAUAAAUAUGACUUCUAUAAAUCUACCUAAAUAUCCGAACAAAUCUUUAUCUACCAUCGUAUGCAAUGUUUUCAUGGCAUUAGAUAAACACAUAACAGAAAUUUCAGCACAGAAUUUAUCAAUAAUGUUACCGUCAUCAUUAUCGUUGAAUUCUCUAUCAAAAUUAGAAAAAUUUUCUAAUAAUGGCAAAAUUAUUGAAAAGAAUUCUAAUGUCAACUUGUUUAAGACAGAAGAUAAAUUUAAUAAGCAUACAGAGAAUAAAUUUCAAAAUAUUUUAAAGAAGCCUGAUUUAAAUGAAAAGAAUAAUGAAGCUGUUCAAUGUCAUUUAGAAUGUAUUGACAAUAACAAAGUAGGAAAUUCUACAUUAGAAACAAAUAUAAAUGAACAUAAUAAUCAAAUUGAUGGAAUUUUAGAGGAUGUUGAUAAUAAAGCAAAAUCAGAAAUUGCAGAAAGUAAAAAUUUUCCAUAUGAUAUUACUAACAAUGAACUGCUAGAAACCUGUGAUAAUAAUAAAUUAGAAUCAACUAGUAUAUCUAAUGAAACAGACCAUAAAUUAUUAAUGGAAGAAGUAGAUUCCAUUGAACAAAAAAACCAGAAAACGGAAGAUAUAACAAAAGAAAAUAAUACAAAUAUUGACGAAAACAACAAAGAAACUUCGAUUAACUCUACAGAUGAAUUAAUGAAUAUACUGCGGAGCAAAUAUACAGGAAUAUCUGAUCAAUCCCUUUUGGAAAGUUUGAAUGAUCUCCAAAAAUUUCAUAAAAAAAAAUCGCUAACAGAUAUACCUUUAAACAUAAUUAUCCAGGAUGUACAAAAGUAUAUUUUAUUGCAUCAAAUAAAUCAUUUAUGCGCUUACGUUGAAACAAAGGAAAAUAUAAAAAAUACAAUAUAAACAUUAUAAACAUAAAUAAUAUAUAUUUCAAUGUAUUAAAGAAUGGUUUCAACAAGAUCAAUCAUAUCCAAUAUAUCAUAUUCAUUGCAAAAUUGAUGAAGAGUAUCCUCCUUUACCUUGAAAACAAACAUGAAUUUUUAUGAUAAAAAAAU